AUGUGGCAAUGUUUGGCACAGUUGCCUGAUUUUGGUUUAGUUUGUGAGCAAGUAAGCGGUCCAUUAAACCAUCUUCACAACUCAAUCAAGGACACAACAAGUGGUGAUCAAGGAUCCAGGAGAAGAAGACCCAGCAGAAGCACGAUCAAGGAUCCAGAAGAAAGAAGACUCAGAAGAAGCCGAUCAACGAACAAGAAGAAAGAAGAGGCAGAAGAAGCGCAAACAAGUCCAUCGGAACCCCUCAGGAUGCGAGGAACCAAAAGUAAGGCUUCAGAGUCACAGCUCGAGAACUUUCUUGCAGCAAUGGUUGAACAAAUGCGGUCUGAACAUGAAGAAAUGAAAACGCUGCUAACCGCCUUGGCACCCACGCAGAGAACCGCCGUCCAGGUGGUCAGCAAGGAUCAAUACGACCAGCUGAGUAAGGACGUGCAAAUGUUUGUGUCCGACGAGGAGGUGGGUCACACUUUCGCCUAUUGGUACAAGAGGUACAGCCCGGUCAUCCCGGAUUCGGUCUUGCCGGAUAGCAGGAGGCGCGAUUUGAUCCUCAUGAAGCUGGACGAGGAUGCGUAUCGGAAAUAUUAA